UUUUUUGAACAAGUGUAGGACAUUCAUCGGGUACCUAAUUAGCUAAAUUAGAAAUUAGGACUAUACGGGUAGGUAUAAAAGCAUCUGUGAUUGAUUGUCCGACAUCACUACCACUGAAUCAAAUCUGAUAUCAACAUAAGUUGUUUUACUCCAUAAAUUCAAAAUGUUCAAAUACAUCCUUUUAAUUGCACUCGUUCUUGCAACUUCCAACGCGGGAAUAAUUGGAUCAAUAGGAAUAGAUAGCUACCACGGAGGCUAUGGAAGUUAUGGAGGCUAUGGAAAAUAUGGAGGCUAUGGAAAUUAUGGAGGCUAUGGAAAAUAUGGCGGCUAUGGAAAUUAUGGAGGCUAUGGAAAAUAUGGCGGCUAUGGAAAUUAUGGAGGCUAUGGUGGUUAUGGCAGCCAUGAUUAUGGUUAUGGGGAUAGUUAUAGUAUAUAGGAGGUGGAAUCAGACUUGGAGAUCAUAUCUGAUGGAAUCAGCUUGGGUGAAGCUAUUCAUUGCGGACACAAAGUUAAGGUUGUUGAUUAUUAUAUGAGCUACUAUAAAUAAAAAUAAUUGUUC